AUGCGGUUCAAUGGACGGGGGGCGAGGAUGGCAGCAGCGGAGGCAGCAGCGGGUCGUGCUGAGCCCUCCAGCAAGCACGGGGUGAAGAAAGUGCAGAUGAUGCCGGCUGCUGUUGAGGGCCAUCGUGCUGCCUGCCGAGCGCUUCUCAAUGGACAUGGGGGCGAGGAGCCAGCAGCGGAGGCAGCAGCGGAGGCAGCAGCAGAGGCACCAGCGGAGGCACCAGCGUGUCGUCUUGGGCUCUCCAGACGAAAGAAAGGAGGGAGCAUAGUUGGCGCAACAAUGGAGGGGAGGGCAGCAGAGAAGGGAAAGGGGAGGGGAGGUAAAGAUAAGGCAACAGCCCUGUCAGCGGCUGUCAGCCCCACAACAGAGGAGGGAGCAGAGUGGCUAUGCGUGUGCACACAGGCUGUGGCUGGGGUGGGCUUGGCCUCUCAAGUGGCCCCUCCCUGCUCUCGCCUUGCAAACUCUCUUCUCGCUCUUGCACUCUCACCCUUCCUCCCCUUGCUGCCCACUGACCAGCUCUGCGUGUGUGCUUGCAGGUGGAGAGGAGGGGUGGGGGUCAACACCGACGCUCCCUCACGACGCCCCUCCCCUGUGGCCGUGCAGGUACCCGUGGGGAUAGUAGGGAGGCAGCACUGCCAGUCGCUGCCACAAGGGAGAGUAUCGGGGUGCCUGUCUGUGGGGAUGGGAGCGGGGCAGCUCUGCCAGUCGCUGCCACAAGGGAGAGUAUCGGGUUGGGCUUGGCCUCUCAAGGCCACUGGGCAUCGAGAGAAGACUGUAGCAGAGAAGCUGAGUAGCAGACCAGCAGCAGCAGUUGUAGCAGCAGAAGCGGCAGCAGCAGCAGCAGCAGCAGCAGCAGCAGUGGGGGUUUAG